AUGUGUUUUGGAUUACGACGAUUUUUUUCUACGCAAACACGAAAACGAGCUUCCAGAAAACGAAUGGCAAAAUUACAACAACUUCAUAACUCUGCUCCUAUUCCAUCCGAUCCAGAUACUUUCCUUUCUGUUGCAGCGAAUCCAGAGAUCAAAUAUCGACCACUGCCUGAUCCGUUGUCAGUUUAUGUGCCAUUGAGAUCGUUGGAUGAGAAAACAAUCAAUUCGAUCGUUGCGACGCUGAGUUCAAGCGAGAGAAAAGAUUGGCAUUUUGGUCGACGUACACUUCUCGCCUUUUUACUCGCAAUCCGCAAUCAACUAGAUCAAAUUGAGGAAAGCAAAGAUUUAAAGACUAAAUUUGAUGAACAAACCGUUCAACAUGCAUCUGUAGUCAGAAAAUGGCUUGUAGAGAAGGAUGCAUCAGGUGAUGUUAAAGAACUUCCAUGGAAAGAGUUAGAAGAAAAAUAUAAACAAAUGACGCUCGAAGUUGAUAACGGUAUGGCAGAAGUUUUCGGUGUCAAUCUCCGUAAUAUUGAACCUUACUAUGAGUUGACUAUACCAGACCUACAUGCAGAUGUGAUUCAAUCUCGAGAGUAUAUGUCUUGCUUUCGUAGUUACGGUUGGGAUCCCAAAGAGUUAAAGUUAUAUUGGAAUGCCCAGCAACUAGAAGAUCUUUGUUCGAUAGAAGAAGUUCUCAAUAGAGAGAAUGAAAUUGAUAUAGCAAAUGAACAAACGAGUGACAAGAAGAUACUUCCAUAUGAUCCGUCCGAUGAAGAUGCUGUACAAACAUUACGUAAAUAUCCCGUUCCGGAACGAAACCAUGCUGUCAAAAUUACAUACGUACACGAUCGAAUUGAAAAGGCGGUUUUUGAUGUACCCGAAGACGCACAAAUAAUUGUGUUGAAUUUCGCUAAUGAACGAUCUCCCGGCGGAGGAUAUUUGCGACAUGCUUGGGCACAGGAGGAAAUCAUCCUCUACAAUUCCGAUGGUUAUCGAUCAUUGCUUGAUUUAAAGUAUAGUCGUAUGGGCGGUGGAUAUGCAAUACCAGAAUUUGGCGCUGCUUAUGUUCGCGACAUGCGAUUUUUCGACAAAUCUCUGGAUAAAAUUCGCGCAGUGGAUAUGUUGGUUUCAGCAUGUUAUUGUCUGACAGGUACCACUCAACUCUAUGACAAUCCUCGAACGCAACCCGAAUUGAUUGCAAAUACUGUAGAAAAAUUUCGUGCAUUCAUUAUGGCCGCUGUUGCCAAUACAAAAGGUGAUGGAUCAAAUACGUAUCUCUUACUUGGUCCAAUCGGCACAGGUGCUUUCGGAAAUGAGACAACGGAUAUAGGAUAUGCUUUUCGCGAAGUGCUCUCGUCACAAAUGAUGGGAUCAAAAGGUCCGAUACGGAAUGCUUUUGGAAAUAUUUGGUUUGUAUCAAUAGAUAAAUGGAAAAAUGACGCCUUCGAGAACAUCUUAAAUGAGCCAGAGUAA